AUGGGCUCCCUGGUAGACUAUCAGCCGAAGCUCUUCAUUGUCGACUUUCCUUCAGACGGUGUGCUCGUGCUGUCCAUGAACAGAGGACCAGUCAAUGCCUUCAAUCAAGCAUUCUGGGAAGAGCUACACCGUCUGUUCGACCUAGCUUCCAACGAUCCGGAUGUGCGAGUCGUCGUGCUCGCAUCGAAGCUUGACAAGCUCUAUACUGCCGGUCUUGAUCUGACAGACACGGGCGCGCUUACGGAUCAAAGCGAGAGUGAUUCUGCUCGGAUGGCCUGGAAGAUGAGAAGGCACAUCCUCGACUUUCAGGCGGCCAUAUCUGCUAUUGAGGAAUGCAAGAAACCCGUCAUUGCGGCCGUCCAUGGCAUAUGCAUCGGUCUGGGCGUCGAUAUCACAUCAGCCGCCGACAUACGUAUGGCUGCGUCUUCAGCUCAAUUUGGCAUCAAAGAAGUGACAAUCGGUCUAGCUGCUGAUAUUGGCUCUCUGCAACGGUUUCCGCUGAAAGUCGCGAAUGACUCUUGGACGCGCGAGCUUGUCUAUACUGGCCGGAACUUUGACGCCGCGGAAGCACAUCAGCAUGGCUUUGUCAGCAACGUCGUGCAAGGAGGCCGCAGCGAAGUUCUGGCAGCCGCCAUCGAACUAGCGAAGGAUAUCUCCAACAAAUCGCCGAUUGCAGUGCAAGGCAGCAAGCAUCUACUCGAUUACUCUCGGGAUCAUUCAGUUCAGGAUGGUCUGGCCUACACUGCAACUUGGAACAUGAGUCAACUUCAAGCUUCGGAUCUGGUCGAAGCUGUGGGAGCUUUCAUGACGAAGAAGCCACCGCGCUUUGCAAAGUUGUAG